UAUCGUAUACUAACAUUUAAAAUACACAUAUAUUUAUGUAUUUUUGGGCUUUGUUGCAUCGGUCAUAUCACUAUACCGGAUAAAAGAACGGUCCAGUUGCAACAGGUUUUAUCACCACCAGAAAAAAAAGAUGGCCGCGUCAACUGACAUGUCGUUUUGGAUAAAGUUUUUCAAGGAAGCUGGUAUACCCGCUGGCGAUGCUGCUAACUACGCAGUGACAUUCACAGAUAAUAGGAUUACACGAGCUAUGCUGUUAGAUCUCACUAAAGAAUAUCUCAAUGAUAUGGGCAUAUCUAUACUGGGUGAUGUCAUUGCUAUAUUGAAAUAUGCCAAAACUGCUCACAGUCAGGAUGCGAGAGACAGGGCAUUAAGAGAUACUACCAUAGCUGAGGUUAUUACUCCAAAAAGGUCAACUCCUGCCAGUCGUACAAUAGGGCAUUAUUUAGGAAGUGCAGAUAGAAGUGCCUCUCCAUCCCUCACUCCAUCUCCUAAAAUCUCACGAGAACUCUCAGCCAGACUUGGAUCACCUACCUCAGAAUCCCUGCCAGCACCCUCAACAAUAAAAAUCACAACUCGAAAUAUUCCUAAGGAGGUAGUGCCUGUACCGAAGAAGAACCGUCGUGUGUUCCCAGAAGAUGAAGGUCAUUAUACUAUAAAUCUACCUCAAGGCACUGCCACUAAAACAAAGAAAAUACUGGCACAACAGAGACAGCAAGCUGAGUUACAAAGAAUAAGGGCAGAGGAAGAAAAAAAGAGGGUCAGCAGUAAACAGAAUUCAGUGUUUGCACGUCUUGGUAAGGAGAAACCCCAAGCUGUAGCCACGCCAUCAUCAUCUCAGCCAACAGUGACAGUAACAGGGCUGGGUAACAUCAAUAUACAAAACUCUGCUGCCCAGCAAUCAAUAUUUGCUCGUCUUGGUGGGAAGACAACUGUAAAAAGAGCAGCAACAUCAACAGUGACAUUUGAUGAUGAUGAAGACGAGGAUGCUGAUCCUAUACCUCUAGAAUAUGCUGGUGUUCUUAAAGAGUCUCCGUCCAAAAAGGCCAAGCUUGAAGUAGCUAAAAAGCUCAAAAAGACUGCAAGUAAAACAUUAGCUAAAGCCAAAGUUGCUCAACCAGAAACAGCUGGUGUGCUUGCCAGUAGUGUAAAUCAGUCAAGUGGCAGUAUCAAGUCUCGACUCGGACCUAAGGUUGCCGAGGCAUCAAGUACAACUCAAAGUCCUGCACCCUCUGUAGUCAAAAAAUCACUGAAAAGUACUCAAGGAAGAGUGGGAAACAAGGGUCUUGAUUCUAUUACAAUAACUGUGGAUACUACAUCAAAGGUCAAGGCUGGUUCAGGGUCAACCAGUGCAUCAGGUGUGUUCUCCAGGCUGGGCAAGCCUAUAUCAUGAGAGACAGCAAUGCUGGCCAGUAUUGAACUCCAGGUGUCUGGAGAUUGGGUUAUAAUGGUUGUACCUAUAUAUAUGAUUGUAGCAAUGAUGUAAUGUAACCGUGGCAAUAUUCAACCUUGCUUACUGGUACCUAGCUUUAAAGUUGAUGAAAGUCUUUGUAGUGCAAUGCACUUUGGUUUUGAGCAUGAAAUGCACACUGGUCCCUCCAUUAUGGAUAUACUGGAGUGAGUAAAUUGUGGUUUGUGAUAAGGAAUAUUUCCUGAUAUAAAGUUUAGAAUUGUCUGAGCUGUCUGUUAGCCUCACCCAAUUUAUUUUGACUGACAAUGAAUGAUAUGGGGCAUAGAAUUUAAUUUCUAUUUUUGCCUGACGUUAUUACUUCAGUUAACAAAUAUAUUUAGGAGGUUUUGUCUGUAUUCCAUUUCGUACAUGUAAUUGUUAAGUACAUGUAAAAUGAUGGGAGUUAUUUGACUGGCAAUACUGUUGUUACAGAGGCAAAAUUACUGUGAUAUUGUAUUAUAUUGUAUAAACAUGUGUAUACCAGGAAAAAUUUCAGAUUUUAUAUCUGUUUUAAGAUAAAAAUUUACUGAAUCUCUUUCUAUUUGUGUUCAUAAUUAUAUUUAUAAUUUACUUGGCAAGAAAUGCUAACAUGUCUGGGUAUUUUUGGCUGAUUAAAUAAAUGUUAUGAGAGUGGUAUCAAUAAGAAAACUAAGGCAAACAAUAAGGCGUUGGUGAUUUAUAUUAAGCUUAAACAACUGACAGCUUGGGCCAGGGUCAAGAUAGUUUUGUUAGAUAGAAUUAGGCCAAAGGCAGGAAUGCUGUACUUAUAAAAAAAUACUACAGUGUUUCAAUUUGGGACGGGACAACUAAAUAAAAAGAUAUACUUUAUUGAAAGUUAUGAUAAUUUUAUAUAGGUAAAUCUUUGAGACAACGAAGUUGUUACAUUAACAGAAAAGUUGAAAUAGAAGCACAUAUCAAAUCAAGCUAAAUAUUUUUAAGAAAAUCAAUUUUUGAAUGGUACAGAUACUGAAAAUCUGUAUUCAUUUUUCUUUAGCAUUUGACGAUAGAAUUUUGUUAUUAUGCUGCUCAUAAUUAUAUUCUGUAUACAUGUCAUACAUGAAAACAACAGUGAAAUAAAUACAGUUUGUGAAAAUCAUUGGAUGUAUCAUAUGAAAUGUGUCUACUUUUCAAAUUUGAUGUGCUACCCUAAAUUUUGAUAGAUUCUAUAUACCUAAUUGAUUUGUCAUUGUAAAUAAUGAACAAAAAGAUCUUGCAUUCAUGAAAUUGCUUAAUCAUUUUAUUUAUUUUAAGAAUUUUUUCUAAAAAUUCUUGUGAGUGUAUUUUUUAUUUCAUGAUAUCUAUGACAUAUUCUACUUUGUAAAGAAGUCCAUGCUUUCUUGAAAUAACUUUUCAUUUUAUUUUAGGGUUGAUCAAUAUAUACUUUUAUUUUUGUAGGGCAUUUGUUAGCUGAAGAUAGAAAUAUACUAAAUUAUUUUAGCAAUACAAUACCUGAAACAAA